AUGAGCAUCUACAACCCACCUUCUCUCCAACAUCUGGCAAUGCAAAACUUGCUGUGGAAUGAGGCCUCAACCAUCUCUACUCUGGAGUACCUGCCCCCUCAUCUCUUCCCACCAGUGUUCAAGGAGGCCUUCACUGGUAGACACAUGCAGCUACUGAAGGCAAUGGUGGCAGCCUGGCCCUUUUCCUACCUCCCCGUGGGGGCUCUGAUGGAGACACCCAAUGUGGAGUUGUUGCAAGCUGUUCUGGGUGGUGUAGAUAUUCUGCAGGCACAGAAGGUUCGCCCCAGGUGGAAGCUUCGAGUACUUGACUUGAGGAAUGUGAAUCAGGAUUUCCUGAAUGUAUGGGCUAGUAGAAAGAGCUGGUACUACUGCUCAACAGAGCAUGAAAGUGAGAAGAAAGACAAUGAAAUGAGGCCGGAUGUGAAGGUGGUCACUGACCUCAGCCUCAGGUGCCACCUGAAAGAACACCAAACAUGCCUGUUGCAGUGGGCCCAGCAGAGGAAAGACUCUGUGCAGCUGUCCUGCGUAAAGAUGGAGAUUUGUGACUUCCCUGCGGAGAUUAUCAAGGAGUUCUUGGACAUUUUCCCACCUGAGGAGUUGCAUCUAACCACAAACAGUGUUCUACCCUUGCUACAUCACAUUGCAUCUCACCUUGGCCAUAUGACAAAACUUCGUAAAUGUCAUCUGAGUCACAUCUUCGUACAUGGAUACUGCGAUGUAAAUGCCUGGUCAGUCACAGAGGACGUGUGUGCUAUCCAGUUUCUCUCUCAGUUAUUCAAACUCACCUCAGUUGAGCAUUUUUCCAUGGAUACGUUCUACUUUUUCUCUGACGUAAUGCAGCUGUUGUUCAGUAGCUUGAAGACCCCCUUGGAAUCCUUGUCCAUCACUGACAGUCUCGGCCCGGUAAAUUUGAACCUCUUGUCACAGUGUCAGGGGCUCUGUCAACUGAGACACCUGAGUCUUAGUAAUUCAAUGUUCUCCCUGUCCGGAGACAUACAUCUCCGAGUUCUCCUUGAGAAUACAGCACAUACUUUGCAGACCCUGGAGUUAGUGAACUGCAGGAUGAGGGACUCUGAGCUCAGGGUUCUCUUGCCUGCUCUGAGCCAGUGUUCACAGCUCAUCACUGUGAAUUUCUAUGAUAACAACUUCUCCAUUGCUGCACUGAAGAAGCUUGUGCAAGGCAUGGCAUGUCUAAGCAACUUGACUGGAGAGUUCUACCCUGCCCCACUAGAGUGCUAUGAUCCCCUGGGUUAUGUCCUAGUGGAGGAAUUUGCCCAAGUCUGUCUUGAGCUCCAGGACAUAUUCUUUGCCAAAAGGCAGCCUAAGAAAAUAGCCUUUGCUACAAGAAUCUGCCCUAAAUGCCGUAGGCGUUGUGUUUAUAACAUGGAGACAAGACUUUGCCAGUGUUGGCAAUAA